AUACAUACGAUCAACACAUAACUUUGAGCCAUCUUCCUAUUUCACAGUCCAACAGUAAACGUUGGCUACAAGUUGUUAUUCAGAAAUAAUUUUCACCGCAAGAUGAACAUUAUCUACGCAAAAGGAAUAGUAGUUUUGAUAGUUCUUGCAUGUGUGUUACACACAAACUGUGCAAGAACUGAAAAAUCAUCAUCGAAACUCGGCAAUAAUAGUAAAUUAAAAAAAUCAACUUCAAAUUUAUCAAAUGACGAAAAAAACAAUGGUUCGAUUGAACAAAUGUUAUUAAAUAUUGCCACUAUAAUCCAAGGUUGUAUAGACGAAAAAACCAUGAAUAAUAAGGAAUUUAAAACAAAACUGGACAAUUUAUACAAGAAUUUGGUAAAUAAAAAGAUAAAAAAUAAGUUAAAAACAUACACGAAAAAAGCGAUGAAGAUUAAACAACAAUACGAGGAUGACGUCAAAGUAUUGGAGAUAAUGAAAAGUGGGGCAGGUAGCGAAAAUAGUAAAACUAAAAAUAAACCAAAAAAAAGUAAAUCGUUCAAAUAAUAAUACCCGAGAACGCAGUGUGGUUAAAUAUCCGUUACAAUAAUAUAUUAAUUCAUUAUAAACUAACUAUUAUAUUACCAUCCGAUUCAAAUGAUGUCAACAAUUUACAUUUAUAAAAUAUUUUGUUAAAUAACAGAUAACAGAUAAUAGAUAGUUUGGAUAGGAACAAGUUUGGAAUUAAGUAUAUACUAUCAAUAAUUAUUUCUCGUUCCAACUUAUAUCCAAUUUCAUGAUGGACCACUAAUAAUCAUAGUCAAUAUUCCAGUAAUCUUGUAUUGAGUUUUAUUCUUUGUAUACUGCAAAAGAAAUACAUUCAAUAAACAUUUUCACAGAUAACA